UUAAAGCAUAGGGAACUCAUAGAGUCUCAUAAUACCAGUACAUACGCAAGACCCGUUUUUACGAAAGCCACCCAAACUUGUAACAUGCAUCUAAUGCAGUUUCUGGUGUACCUGAGUUUCUGGGUUGUGUUUGGUCCAGUGGGUCUGGGGGAUAUUGCUGCGCACAAACCUGUCACGACGGAGGACAUCGAGCAGUGUUCGACGUGCGAGUUUAGACAACACAGCAAGCUUAUGAGGCUGCAUACAAUCAAGUCACAAAUUCUCAGUAAACUUCGUCUUAAGCAGGCCCCCAAUAUCAGCCGCGACGUGGUCAAACAGCUCUUACCAAAAGCGCCCCCAUUGCAGCAACUUCUGGACCAGUACGAUGUUCUUGCGGAUGACAAUAAAGAUGGAAUCAUAGACGAGGAUGAUCACGCCACUACCGAAACUAUCAUGGCCAUGGGUACAGAGCCCGACCAAAUCGUCCAAGUGGAUAAGAAACCGAGAUGUUGCUUUUUCUCCUUCAGCCCGAAGAUUCAAAGUAACCGCAUCGUUAAAGCACAGCUUUGGGUGCACCUUCGGCCGCCCGACGAAGCCACAACGGUAUUCCUGCAAAUCUCUCGUCUAAAACCAGUUACUGACGGGAACAGGCAUAUAAGAAUCCGCUCUCUGAAGAUUGACGUAAAUGCAGGGACCAGCUCUUGGCAGAGCAUAGACGUGAAACAAGUACUUUUAGUCUGGUUGAGGCAGCCGGAGACCAACUGGGGCAUUGAGAUCAAUGCUUUCGACACGAAAGGAAAUGACUUGGUUGUUACCUCUGCGGAACCUGGCGAGGAGGGACUGCAACCAUUCAUGGAAGUGAAAAUUUCCGACCACCCCAAACGAUCCAGACGGGACUCUGGCCUGGACUGCGAGGAGAAUUCCCCGGAGUCGCGGUGCUGCCGUUACCCCCUCACAGUGGACUUUGAGGACUUUGGCUGGGAUUGGAUUAUUGCCCCGAAACGCUACAAGGCCAACUAUUGUUCUGGAGAGUGUGAGUACAUGCACCUGCAGAAGUACCCACACACCCACCUGGUGAACAAGGCCAACCCCCGGGGCACCGCUGGGCCCUGCUGCACCCCGACCAAGAUGUCCCCCAUCAACAUGCUGUACUUCAACCGGAAGGAACAGAUAAUCUACGGGAAAAUCCCCUCCAUGGUGGUGGAUCGCUGCGGCUGCUCCUGAGCACAAGGGCGGAGCUCCGGCUCUCUCUUCAGAGUGAAAGAGAGAGAGAGUAAGAAGAGUGAAAGAUCAAGGCAGAGCGGGAGAGAAAGAAGAGGAGAGAAAGAGAGAGAGAAACAGUCUGGACUUCUGAGUGUUUUGAAAAUGUUCACCAACCAAUGCUUCCUGCAUUUUCCAAAAUCCUGUGCAAUAGAACCAGAAGAGCAGCAAAAAUGCGCUAUAAUCACUUUCUUAUUCUUUUCCGGAAAAGAUAAACACGGCCAUGGAAUGUGCGGAAGGAUUUUUGAGCUGGCCUGGGAGAAGGGCGGAAUCAGCACUAACGAUCACAGCAUCUACUGACAAAUCACUAUUCUGUUAUAUUGUUUGUUACACAAAUACACACAAACAUUUUCAAAUACCAGCUUUGACCAUAUAUGUUGAACUCUCACCCCAAAUCAUGUCAGAAAUAUUUCAGACUGAAUCUGAGGGGUCUGGAAGGCAUUUGAGAGGGAUUUGAAGACUGAGCCAAGGAACUGCGCAAUCUGAGUGAGGAUUCGCUACCAUUAGCGUUACACUCAUAAGGUACCCUAACCCCAAACCCUAAACCCAACCCCUAACCCAACCCUAAGUAUAGCUUUAUUUCUGUACUCCCAUCUGAAACACCCUGCACACUUGAAUUGUUAUUGUAAAUCAGCAUUACUGGACAGAGGCACAAUGAAUGCAGUCGACAGCCAGUUGUGUAAAAGGCAGAGAAAUACAAGAAAAAUAAACAAUAUGAAUGUUAAAACCAGGCUAAACUCUGCCUUGACAAUGAGAGCAGUUUGCACUAUGGCAGACCAAUAGGAAGAAUUGGUUGCUACAAAAGUUGUAAAAACUGACUUUGAUAUGUUUGCUACUUUGUAUUGUACAUGCCUGUUUCUAUUGGAGGUUUCCUUUUUAACCACUGUUGUUAAAUGUAGAAGGCUAUAAACUAGCAAAAAGAUAAAUAAAGCUGUACAAUAACAAAUCUAUAAAUCUGUUAUAAAAAUAAAGGUGCUUGCUUUCA